CACCCAGCCAUGGCCAGACCACCUGCCCCGGGCUCGGUGAUUGUUCCAGACUGGCACGAGAGUGCUGAGGGCAAGGAGUACCUGGCUUGCAUCUUACGCAAGAACCGCAGACGGGUGUUUGGGCUGCUGGAGCGACCAGUGCUGCCCCCACCCGUGGCCAUUGACACAGCCAGCUACAAGAUCUUUGUGUCUGGGAAGAGUGGCGUGGGCAAGACAGCGCUGGUGGCCAAGCUGGCUGGCCUAGAGGUACCCGUCAUACACCAUGAGACCACUGGCAUCCAGACCACUGUGGUAUUUUGGCCAGCCAAGCUGCAGGCCAGCGACCGUGUUGUCAUGUUCCGCUUUGAGUUCUGGGACUGUGGGGAGUCUGCACUCAAGAAGUUCGAUCACAUGCUGUCGGCCUGCAAGGAGAAAACAGAUGCUUUCCUCUUCCUCUUCUCCUUCACCGACCGUGCGUCCUUUGAAGACCUCCCUGGACAGCUGGCCCGAGUAGCAGGCGAGGCCCCUGGUGUUGUCAGGAUGGUCAUUGGCUCCAAAUUUGACCAGUACAUGCACACAGAUGUGCCUGAGCGGGACCUCACAGCCUUCCGGCAGGCUUGGGGACUGCCACUCCUGCGGGUGAAGAGUGUGUCGGGGCGGCGGCUGGCAGAUGGACGCACUCUGGAUGGGCGGGCCGGGCUAGCCGACAUUGCCCAUGUGCUCAAUGGCUUGGCUGAACAGCUGUGGCACCAGGACCAGGUGGCAGCUGGCGUGCUCCCCAAUACCUCUGAGAACACCCCAAGCUGAUCCCUACUCCCAACCCUCACGUGACCCAAGGCAGAGGGCAGCAGCCAGGUCCUAGGGCUGAGGCAGGAAUGUCUGAUCUCAUCCUGAGGACUGGCCAGAGGGCCCUGUCGGGAGGAUGGUGCCCUGAGAAGAAGCCUCCUGCCCCUGUAGCACCUUCCUUGCAGAAUUCAUGGCAGUGAGAUGGGGGCACAAGGCUCUGUGGGCCAGUGGUCUGAGGGCAUCUGGGUGCCCCGGUCUUCUCCUUCUCACCUGGGGGUCUGGGCCCUGGAAGCUGAGGAACUGUAGGGGCAGGGCCCCAGGGCUCAAGCUUCUCCCCCAGCUGCCUGCCGUCCUCCCCCUUUUUGCAGCACCCAGAGAGGGUGACUGGGAAGAGGGGGUGUCCCAGCUGGGCCUGGACCUCAAGUGACUUCAAUCAAGAGCCUACAUUACAGCCAUCUGCUGUAGCAGAUAAAUCCUGAAAUCUCCGUGGCUUAACUCUAUAGAAGUUUUUUUCUUGCUCUGUCUCACCUCAGUUGGAAGUGAAAGGUUGGUCUAGGGGCUCUGCUCAUUGAACUCAUGUAGAGACCCUGACUCUGAGGUCUUUAACAUAUGGCUUCCUGUUUUGGCCUGGGACAUCAACCCCCAGUCAGCCCACUGGGAAUGAGCGCAAAUGGAAGAUUAUCUAGGUCUCCAAGGACCUGGCCUCUGCCCACCUUCCAUUGGCUAACACAUAGUCACAUGGUUACAUGAGGCAGGGCAUGCUGGGAAAUGUAGUCCACCAACAUGUUCAGGAGGUGAGCUCUCUCUCUGUAGCACCUUUCUCCAUCAGGAAGGUAUCAAGCUAGGCUUAGAACAGGGGCCCCACCAACCUAGAGAAUCAGAAAAUUCACUAUACAGGGCCAGGGACUGGACCAGGUGGGGUCAGGGAGUGAGUUGCCCUGUUGGGCAGCUCUGCCCUGUGGAAAGCCAGCAAGGGCAGGUGAAGGAAAACGAGUGAAUUUGCCCAUUCUUGUGUCUCACAUCUGCCCCAUCUACUAGACACCGGUGAAUGCAGGCUGAAGUAUGGGGGUGGGUGCUGAUGAAGAGGGCCUUUAUGUGUUCUGACACCCCCGAUGGUGGGCUGAGGCCUGGCCUGAGUCUGAGCCAGCUGGAAGGGACUGGGGGCCCAGAUAUGUGACCCCAAAAGCCAGCUGACCCUUGGAACCCCCUCUUGAAAAGGCAGCAUCAGCAGCUCUGUACAACAUGCAACAUGGGAUCAACAUGCAAGAUCCCAUCCUAGCACUCCUUCUAAAAUGCUGCCGUCCACACAUUUACACACCCCCUGCUGACAUGCACAGGAGGUUUGUAUCCUUGCACUCUGGCUAACACUCCUGGACACCCUGAUUGCCUGCCUGGUGUCUACCAUGUCUGCCACCCUGGACACUACCCAUAGGUUCAUCACCCCUUCCAGGACCUAAAGGGCUGAUUUUAGUGCCUUCUUACCCCCAACUCUGGUUCAGAGCUGAGACCCAAGCUUAUCCCAAACCCCAGAGAAGGAAUAUUCCUGGGCAGGAGCCCAUGCCUCACAGUGGCCCAGCAGGUGCCAUAGACCCUCCCAUGGUAGGCUUCAGCUCUGCUUCCGGGCAGUGAGUUCAGCCCAUUCUCUGUACUUAGCUCCAAUAGACCUUACCCCAGCAGGCAAGAGAAAAGCUUGGGAGUGGGACCCAGAGAAGGUGGCCUCUGGGCCUGAAUGUGACACCCCGCCUCCCAGGCACUGGUACCUGUGUUGUGAGCACCAGCUGCCCCACGUCCAGCACUUAUCUCUGGGCUUGAAUCUCCCCCAAAAAGGAAGCUUCUGCAUCCUUCUAGGGUACCAGCUCUGCAUCAGCAGGCCAGUUUUCUCCUGGUUAGCCCUGCUCCAGUCAGAGAAUCACCCUAUCACACUCCUUCACCCCAAACCAAGAGGUGAACAAUUCCCUUUGCUGUUUUCCUGUGUAAGGACAAGGUGGGGAGGGUGGUGGGACUGGCAGCCCAGCACCACUCUGUCAGCCCCUGCAAGCCCAGCCCUUGUGACACGUUGGCCUACUGCUCCACGGUAGUGCAGAACUGGGAGCCUGAGGGAGGAAGGAACUGCGAACCAUUAUUGUAAUAGCCGGUGGCUGGGCCUGCAGUGUGUCCUCCGGGCAGGUUACAGGGAAAGCGAGAAGCGUGUGUAGACACAUUGUGUGGGUUCAGGCCAGCUUCAUGGGCCUGCCACGUGGGCAUUCCACAGGGUCCCACACUCAGAGGGGCCUUCCCACCUGGUUUAAUGCUCUGCUGUUGCCAUCCGGAAACUCUGCACACCACAGAUUAUGUGGCAGGUCCUGUGUGUGUUGUCCAGGGAGAGGGUCUGGGGUCCCUAUGAAGCCCCCCUCUCAGGGCUUAGAGUGAGAGACCACUUCAGUGAAGUGUCGCAAGGCCACCAAGAAGUUGCCUUCUUCCCGCUUUGGUGCCAAAAAUUCCACCAUUAGAUCACAACAGCUCAGGGGCACCUGGGUGGCUCAGUGAGUUAAGC